GGUAAUGCUCUGAGGCAGGCGUCAGCAUGGCGGGGGUCCCGUGGCUCUCUGCUAGUAGUGGUGGUGGCGGCCCUUGCUGUGGUGGGAACCCUCACCUGGCUCUACCUGGCCUCAGGGGACCCUUACACCACAGAGACCCUGGUCAGACAGGCCGAGGUGAUUGCUCAGCCAAGGGUCUACACUGUGGAUUGUUCUGAGGACUAUGAGAACUACAAACGCUACCCAGGUGGGUUUAAAACAACACAGAUUUGUCUUAAAGCAACAAUCUGUGAGUUAUGCAUGCCAUAUAAAGAGUUUACUUGAAUUAGAUGCAUUAGUGCACGGUUAGAAUAAAAGCCUGCACACUUCCUUGCCCUAGUUGGGGAAUACGCUAUGAAAGUCCCGCCUACUUCCGGGAUCAUGUCUCAUACUGUUUUUGAAUGAGUUUUAAGAUUAUAUGAUCAAAUUCAUGAAAACGUGGUCAUUUAAGAUAUAUGUCAAAUUAUAUUUGUAUUCGUGGAUUAAUUUACUUUUACCUGAUGCCUUUCAUGAACGUUUUACAUUGCUUUUUCAUAAUCGAAAACCUUUAUAAAAGGCAUUGGAUAGAAGUCAAUUAUAAUCUUGAAUCCCAUUCAAAACAGUAUAGGACAUGAUCCAGGAAGUAGGUGGGUCUUUCAUAGUGUAUAGGGCUGGGCUGCAUUCAAUACGUUUUUACGUUCUGGAGCAUUCAAUUGAACGGAAACUAUGCUGUACUGAACGAAUGUGUCAUUCAGUACAAACCGCUCUGCAACAUAGCAAAUGUUCAAGCGAACUGAAUUCACCGCUGGUGUCCACUGUCCUAUAUUAUUAUUAUUAUUAUUAUUAUUAUUAUUAUUAUUAUUACCUAACUGCUCUGCCAUUCCUGUGCAUUGGCUGCCCUCUAGUGGUGAUUUGGACAAAGGUGAGCAGGCAGGCUGAAGUUUCUACUGUCAUGUUGCAGCUGAUCUGAGAUACUGUUUUUCCCAGGAUGCACUCCCCAAACAUGUGGCCGAGCCAUCACAGACAACUCGGUGACCAGGGAGGAGGCCAUGGCCCUCAGGAGGUGAGGGAUUCUAUACUAUCUCUCUUUCUUCUCUGUCUCUAGCUCCAACCCCCUGCCCCCCCCCCCCCCCCCACACACACAUCUCUUUCCUUUUCCCUAACUUAACUUAUUUCUCUACUCCUGCAGGUUGGCAGAGAGGGGUCUGGCUCUAGCUGGUUCAGAUGGAGGGGUGAGUAUCUACUUUUAGUAACAAAUAUUUGAACUUAAACAGGACCAAAAGCUAGGAUGAAGACUGUUGCUCAGACUUCAGCUGUAUCUUCCCUCUGUCUCCAGUAGAGGUCAGGGUGGUACUACCAUAGAGAUCCUAUUAAAUUCUAAUUCCUAUGGGUACAACAUCCAAAGUUCAGUUCAGAUGGGCUGAUACAGUUAGUGUGUAAUGCUAUUGUACAUGGCUGCUUGGUUGACCCCUCUCCGUCCUUUCUUCCCUCCAUCUCCUGUAGGCCUUGUCCACAGCCAUAAUAAGUGAUUGUUUAUGUAGCUCAGUUGGUAGAGCAUGGCGCUUGCAACGCCAGGGUUGUGGGUUCGUUUCCCACGGGGGGCCAGUAUGAAAAUGUAUGCACUCACUAACUGUAAGUCGCUCUGGAUAAGAGCGUCUGCAAAAUGUAUAUAUAUGUAAUGUAAGAGACUGUAGUGAGGGGAGUGGAAGCAACGGGGGACAUCUGAAAAAAGAAACAUGAUUUAUUUACAGGCUAAGAGAGAGCAUAGUAUCCCUGGGUAGCAGACAGCUGUUUAAUUUGUAUCCCGCGACGUGGUUAGCCUCAGUUGAUGGAACCGCUACUAUCUGUCCCGGGAUACUGCCAUACCCUAAAAGUGUAGCCUAAAAACCCUUUCGAUAUUGGCUAUCAUUUCAAUUACUAUUUCACUAGUAAAAUGGAAAAACUCAGAAGUGAAAUGACAGCAGUGAAACAUUGUAUUUUUGUGUGUAAGAUCUAAUAUGAAAGAGAAGGAUUGCUGUUUUGAAUUUGGUAAAGUUCGUGUGGGAGAGGUGGAAAAACUAUUAUUAUCCAUCAAUAAUGAUAGGCCACCAGGAUAGACAACUUUGAUGGGAAAGUAUUGAGAAUGGUAGCAGACUAUUGCCACCCCUAUUUGCUAUAUCUUUAACCAAAUCCUAAAGGAGUGUGUGUGUCCACAGGCGUGGAAGGAAGCUAAGGUAAUUCCACUGCCUAAAAAGAGUAAAGCACCCUUUGCUGGCUCUAACAGCCACCCAAUCAGUUUGCUGGGGGUAGAGAAUUGUGUUUGACCAAAUACAAUGCUAUUUUAAACAUUGAAACUACUGACUUUCAGCAUGCAUAUAGAGAAGGGCACUCAACUUGUACUGCACUGACUCCGAUGACAGACAAUUUGUUAAAAUAAAUGGAUAAUAAGACGAUAGUUGGCGCUUUAUUGUUAGAUUUCAGUGCAUCCUUUGAUGUUAUUGAUAAUAAAUUGUUAUUGAAGAAACUCACUUGCUAUGGCUUUACAUCAUCUGCCAUCACAUGGUUGGAGAGUUCUUUAUCCAAUAGAACCCAGAGUGUUCUUCAAUGGAAGCUACUCUAACAUCAGAUAUGUACAGUGCGGUGUCCCUCAGGGCAAUUGCCUUGGGCCCUUACUCUUCUCUAUUUUUACAAAUUAUUUGCCACUGGUCUUACACAGAAUUAGAAUGUCAGCACCCAAAGCCAGUGAGCUCACUGAAAUUCUAAAUACAGUCAGGAUCAGAAUGGGUGAUUAAUAAUGAAGUGGUCUUAAAUACAUCUAAAACUAAAAGCAUUGUAUUUGGUUCAAAACAUUCUCUAAGACCUAAACAGUUGGAGUUGUGUAUAAAGGGUGUGACCAUUGACCAAGUUGAGGAAGCUAAACUCCUAGGUAUAACAUUGGAUGGUCAAUUAUCAUGGUCAAGUCUUAUUGACAAAGUUGUUGUGAAGAUGGGAUGGGGUAUGUCUGUUAUAAAAAUAUGUUCUGCGUUUUUGACACAUCUACUGUACUAGUUGUUCAGGCUCUGGUCUUGUCCCAUCUUGAUUACUGUCUGGUAAUAUGGUCAAGUGCAGCAAAGAAAUACCUAGCAAAGCUGCAGCUGGCUCAAAACUGCAUAUACAGAACUAACAUCAACAACAUGCAUGCCAGUCUUUCCUGGUUGAGGGUUGACGAGAGAUUAACUGCUUCUCUUCUAGUUUUACUGUAAAGAAAAUUCCAGAUUGUCUGCCUAUUUUAAAUGAUAUUUAGCUCAGACACCCAUACAUACCCCACAAGACAUGCCACCAGGGGUCUCUUCACACUCCCCAAGUCCAAAACGAAUUUACGGCAACGCACAGUAUUAUACAGAGCCAUGAUCGCAUGGAAGCAAACAGCAAAAUUACCUUUAAAAAAAAGAUCAAACAACAACAUUUCAUGGACUGGCGGGACUGUGAGGGGACAAACAUGCACACACACUCCAACACACUAUCUUUUGUUGUUGUAUUGUUUGUACUAUUAUUAUUAUUAAUUUUUUUGUACAGUGGGGAAAAAAGUAUUUAGUCAGCCACCAAUUGUGCAAGUUCUCCCACUUAAAAAGAUGAGAUGCCUGUAAUCAUCAUAGGUACACGUCAACUAUGACAGACAAAUUGAGAUUUUUUUUUCCUGAAAAUCACAUUGUAGGAUUUUUAAUGAGUUUAUUUGCAAAUUAUGGUGGAAAAUAAGUAUUUGGUCACCUACAAACAAGCAAGAUUUCUGGCUCUCACAGACCUGUAACUUCUUCUUUAAGAGGCUCCUCUGUCCUCCACUCGUUACCUGUAUUAAUGGCACCUGUUUGAACAUGUUAUCAGUAUAAAAGACACCUGUCCACAACCUCAAAAAGUCACACUCCAAACUCCACUAUGGCCAAGACCAAAGAGCUGUCAAAGGACACCAGAAACAAAAUUGUAGACCUGCACCAGGCUGGGAAGACUGAAUCUGCAAUAGGUAAGCAGCUUGGUUUGAAGAAAUCAACUGUGGGAGCAAUUAUUAGGAAAUGGAAGACAUACAAUACCACUGAUAAUCUCCCUCGAUCUGGGGCUCCACGCAAGAUCUCACCCCGUGGGGUCAAAAUGAUCACAAGAACGGUGAGCAAAAAUCCCAGAACCACACGGGGGGACCUAGUGAAUGACCUGCAGAGAGCUGGGACCAAAGUAACAAAGCCUACCAUCAGUAACACACUACGCCGCCAGGGACUCAAAUCCUGCAGUGCCAGACGUGUCCCCCUGCUUAAGCCAGUACAUGUCCAGGCCCGUCUGAAGUUUGCUAGAGUGCAUUUGGAUGAUCCAGAAGAGGAUUGGGAGAAUGUCAUAUGGUCAGAUGAAACCAAAAAUAGAACUUUUUGGUAAAAACUAAACUCGUCGUGUUUGGAGGACAAAGAAUGCUGAGUUGCAUCCGAAGAACACCAUACCUACUGUGAAGCAUGGGGGUGGAAACAUCAUGCUUUGGAGCUGUUUUUCUGCAAAGGGACCAGGACGACUGAUCCGUGUAAAGGAAAGAAUAAAUGGGGCCAUGUAUCGUGAGAUUUUGAGUGAAAACCUCCUUCCAUCAGCAAGGGCAUUGAAGAUGAAACGUGGCUGGGUCUUUCAGCAUGACAAUGAUCCCAAACACACCGCCCGGGCAACGAAGGAGUGGCUUCGUAAGAAGCAUUUCAAGGUCCUGGAGUGGCCUAGCCAGUCUCCAGAUCUCAACCCCAUAGAACAUCUUUGGAGGGAGUUCAAAGUCUGUGUUGCCCAGCGACAGCCCCAAAACAUCACUCUCUAGAGGAGAUCUGCAUGGAGGAAUGGGCCAAAAUACCAGCAACAGUGUGUGAAAACCUUGUGAAGACUUACAGAAAACGUUUGACCUGUGUCAUUGCCAACAAAGGGUAUAUAACAAAGUAUUGAGAAACUUUUGUUAUUGACCAAAUACUUAUUUUCCACCAUAAUUUGCAAAUAAAUUCAUAAAAAAUCCUACAAUGUGAUUUUCAGGAUUUUUUUUUCUCAUUUUGUCUGUCAUAGUUGACGUGUACCUAUGAUGACAAUUACAGGCCUCUCUCAUCUUUUUAAGUGGGAGAACUUGCACAAUUGGUGGCUGACUAAAUACUUUUUUCCCCCACUGUAUAUCAUUGUAUUUUCAUUUUGUGUGACUGUCCUUGUCUAUCAGUGUAUCAGUGUUUUGUUACUUGUCAUGUUUUUUGUGGACCCCAGGAAGAAUAGCUGCUGCUUCGGCAAAAGCUAAUUGGGAUCAGAAUAAACCAAUAAACAACAAUAACAAGUAAAGGGCAGAGAAGUAGACUGAAAUUAGUUCUAAUAAUUUGCGUGUUUUCUUAUUCUAAUUUUUCUGGCCUCCAGGCUUCCAUCCUCGACCUGCACUCUGGGGCUCUGUCGAUGGGGAAGCAGUUUGUCAACAUCUACAGGUGAGGAGGAGUGAACAGUUCUCUCUCUCUCCUCUCUCUCUCUAUCUCGCUCGCUCUCUGAUCCAGUGUCUUUUCCCUUUUAAACUCAUAAUAGUAAUAAUCAUAAUUUAUAUAGCACUUUUUUCAUUACAAACAAGAAUUUCAAAGUCACUUUGAAAACAAAAACAAAUGUAUAGAUCUGGCAGUUCAUGGUUGAUCAUCUUCCACAACUUCAGAUGUCUUGAAGCAGUUCGGAAAGGCAGUCAGUAGCUUGAGCAGAGGGAGCAUCGACGAUACAGACAGGCAGGGAGAAACGUCAGUCAGAUAGUAGAAAGGCCCAGAGCUCUUCAUUAGGCAUGCCGUCUCCUCCACAGAACUCCCGGGUAUACCGGUAUGGAUCCACAUACCGGUAUAGAUGCGGUAAAGAGGUCAAUGGAACGCAGACAUUGGGGAAUAGAAGAAGGACGCCGGAUUGGCGUACAUUAAAUACAUCUGCUCUAACAAAGUGUAUAUUUGUAAAAUCCGUAACGAUUGAUGUAUUCUAACAGGCCCACAAUGUGGUCACUAAAGUCCGAUUUGGAUAUACAGUAUUUGGCUCUUUUCGCUCCAUAACAUUUAGAAGUUGUUACUUUUCAGGUUUAGAAGACGUGACUGAUAAAUGCUAACUCCCGUUCGUAUAAGCUGGUAGCAUAGCUAGCGUACAGAAAUCGGUGGUGGUAGACAAAGUCGUUUUUUAACUGCAAUGGAGUUAAUUGGUGACGAUGACAUGAACAUGUAUUGGGGUUGACACCCAUACAAGCAUUAUACUCCGUUUUUUUACCUCAACAUAGUGUAAAAUACACACAAACAGUAGCCUAAUUGUAUAGGCACAUUUCUGCUGGGGGGCAAUGAGGAGAUUCGGCAUCUUUCCCCCACGGCAUCUUUCUCCCAUGUGUUUCCAUGGCUCUUUACCGGAUCUAUGGAUUUUUACAAUACCGUUUAUAAAGGUAUUUUGAUACAAUGCUAAAUAAACGCAAAGUUCUACAAAUUUGACUACUUCACUGUCAGUUUUGUCCUAGUUUGGUUGAGUGUAAAACCAUUAGAACAGAGAAGCCCAUUCAUUUGUUGCCAUUCUAGGGUCAUUCACUACUCAUAAAACAUAUUAAGAACUUUGAAUUUUCUGAAACUUAAAAUACCAUCAAAUACCACCAUACCAUCAAAAAUUUGAAAAAUAUUGUGAAAUGAUAUUUUGGCCAUAUUGCCUAGCCCUACUCUGACUGUAAAUCUCUGUCUCAUUUGCCCUCCCCCAGCUAUACAAUCCUGGUGCAGCUGGCUGCUACACUCAUAGAAAUAUAAUCUAGAUUAUAUUUCUAUGGCUACACUACUAACUAACUGAACCAUUAAUAUAACCCUCACUCACUCGCUCUAUCAGGCUUCCAUAACAGUGGCAUCUCCUGCAAUCCACCUGCUUCUUUAUCUUGCCCUGUUUGGAAAGCUGCCGUGUCGUGGCCUCUUGGGUAAUUGUGCAGUGCACUGUGCUGUCUGUGGGUUGCUGGAUGGUAAUGUAUGCUAAUAGCCUGGUUCUGUUCUCUCUGCCUGCGUGGCUGAUGACAGGUACUUUGGGGAGCAGAUAACAGAUGUAUUCUCUGAAGAGGACUUCCGCCUCUACAGGUAGGUGUGUGCUUGUGUGUGUGUUUUUAGGGCUGCAUGAUUAAUCAAAUUCAGAUCGAAAUUGCGAUAUUGACAUGUGCAAUAUCCAUAUUCUCCUUUCUUUAACACUCCAUUAAUACAACAAAAACUAAACUACGGUACCUCUUCGAAUGAGAUGCGCUAGACUCCGUUCAGUCUUUCUCUACAUGCACAGAGGAUGCUGACCAAUCACAAGCGGGCUCUCUCGCAUGGCAUACAUAUACUGGCCAAUCACAACCGUCCCCGCUUAGAGCGCAGAGUUAUAUAUCGUAGAGCUCCGCCCCUAUUGGUUUACUCAGCUGCAGAGGCAGCAUCGCCUGAGAAAAUUAAUUAUGCACGCAUCUUCAGACUAUGAGAGUACAGGUGCCCCUAUACACUGAGUAUAGCAAACAUUAGGAACACCUUCCUUUGGAUUCCGUUUCAUUCCUAAUGGAUUCUGCAAGGUGUCGAAAGCGUUCCACAGGGAUGCUGGCCCAUGUUGACUCCAAUGCUUCCCACAGUUGUGUCAAGUUGGCUGGAUGUCCUUUGGGUGGCGAACCAUUCUUGAUACACACGGGAAAUUGUUGAGCGUGAACAACCCAGCAGCGUUGCAGUUCUUGAUACAAACCAGUGCGCCUGGCACCUACAACCAUACCCCGUUCAAAGGCACUUAAAUCUUUUGUCUUGCCCAUUCACCCUCUGAAUGGCACACAUACACAAUCCAUGUCUCAAUUGUCUCAAGGCUUAAAAUCCUUCUUUAACCUGUCUCCUCCCAUUCAUCUACACUGAUUGAAGUGGAUUUAACAAUUGACAUCAAUAAGGGAUCAUAGCUUUCACCUCGAUUCACCUGGUCAGUCUAUGUCAUGGAAAGAGUAUACUCAGUGUAUGUUGAGGCUACUUCCCUCAAUCAGCCUCCCAGUUAUUUUCAGCACGACUUGAAGAAGCUAAAGAACCUACGAAGAAAAUAAGUUGACGAAACCGUCGUACAGUGAGGGAAAAAAGUAUUUCAUCCCCUGCUGAUUUUGUAUGUUUGCCCACUGACAAAGAAAUGAACAGUCUAUAAUUUUAAUGGUAGGUUUAUUUGAACAGUGAGAGACAGAAUAACAACAACAAAAAAUCCAGAAAUCCAAUGAGGGAAAUAAGUAUUUGACCCCCUCUCAAUCAGAAAGAUUUCUGGCUCCCAGGUGUCUUUUAUACAGGUAACGAGCUGAGAUUAGGAGCACACUCUUAAAAGGGAGUGCUCCUAAUCUCAGUUUGUUACCUGUAUAAAAGACACCUGUCCACAGAAGCAAUCAAUCAAUCAGAUUCCAAACUCUCCACAAUGGCCAAGACCAAAGAGCUCUCCAAGGAUGUCAGGGACAAGAUUGUAGACCUACACAAGGCUGGAAUGGGCUACAAGACUAUCGCCUAGCAGCUUGGUGAGAAGGUGACAACAGUUGGUGCGAUUAUUCGCAAAUGGAAGAAACACAAAAUAACUAUCAAUCUCCCUCGGCCUGGGGCUCCAUACAAGAUCUCACCUCGUGGAGUUGCAAUGAUCAUGAGAACGGUGAGGAAUCAGCCCAGAACUACACGGGAGGAUCUUGUCAAUGAUCUCAAGGCAGCUGGGACCAUAGUCACCAAGAAAACAAUUGGUAACACACUACGCCGUGAAGGACUGAAAUCCUGCAGCGCCCGCAAGGUCCCCCUGAGGGGACAGGACAACUUCACCGCAUCAAGGGGACGAUGGACGGGGCCAUGUACCGUCAAAUCUUGGGUGAGAACCUCCUUCCCUCAGCCAGGGCAUUGAAAAUGGGUCGUGGAUGGGUAUUCCAGCAUGACAAUGACCCAAAACACACGGCCAAGGCGACAAAGGAGUGGCUCAGGAAGAAGCACAUUAAGGUCCUGGAGUGGCCUAGCCAGUCUCCAGACCUUAAUCCCAUAGAAAAUCUGUGGAGGGAGCUGAAGGUUCGAGUUGCCAAACGUCAGUCUCGAAACCUUAAUGACUUGGAGAAGAUCUACAAAGAGGAGUGGAACAAAAUCCCUCCUGAGAUGUGUGCAAACCUGGUGGCCAACUACAAGAAACGUCUGACCUCUGUGAUUGCCAACAAGGGUUUUGCCACCAAGUACUAAGUCAUGUUUUGCAGAGGAGUCAAAUACUUAUUUCCCUCAUUAAAAUGCAAAUCUAUUUAUAACAUUUUUGACAUGCGUUUACCUGGAUUUUUUUUGUGUUAAUCUGUCUCACUGUUCAAAUAAACCUACCAUUAAAAUUAUAGACUGAUCUUGUCUUUGUCAGUGGGCAAACUUACAAAAUCAGCAGGGGAUCAAAUACUUUUUUCCCCUCACUGUAGGAUAUCAAGUCAUCCUACGUCGUCAUGAGUACGCUGGGGGUUCGGGCCCUCAGUGUCCAAGCUGGUGAACUCGGGAGAGACAGCUGUUUUUUUAUGACCUUUCUACAGGAUAUAUGGGAUCAUGAUAUUUUGUUGUUUCACACAGAGGCUUGGUGAUUAUCGAGGCCGGGAGUGUUGGAAAGAUUUUUCAAAUACUGAGGAACUAUCAUUUUCAAUGUAUGUUAAAAAAACAGGCUUUGUUUACAAUGUGUGAGGUGAAGAAAUAAUGACUGAGAAUCUCAGCUUAUUAGUUGUGGACUUGUUGAGUUAAGACAAUCAGACAUUGCCAAAUGGGCCCUUUCCUACAUUUACAUGCAGCAGGCCAGGUAAGCCUACUUCUAUGCAUGCUCAGGCACGCGUGCUCCCUCAACGUUUUCAGGACAGAGAAACCAGACACAUGCUCAUUGCUCACGGAGCACUCCAAACAAAAGACAAUGAAAAGAUUGACAAAACUCGUAAUGGUUAUGAAAUAAACUAAAACUUGUUUCUCACAAUUGUAGCAGGUUGUGAACUCUGCAAACAACGUUUCCACUCCGAGAAUGGUAAAUGACUUUAAAUAAUAAAUGCAUUAAUAGAAAGUUAUGUAUACAAAUGAUGAGGGAUUAACAGUACAUUUACGAGGCCUACUGGUGAUAUAUGUAAUGUGGAAUUGAUAAAAAUAUAAACCAUCAAAGGGAAAACAAUUCACACAAUGAAACAAUGAAUGGGCAAGAAUUGGCGGGAGACAGCUGAGCGCAUUCUGAAGAGCUGUGUAUACGCAUUCUGGAGAGAGACACGCCAUAUCUUUGCCACACACCCUUUGUCUUGUUGCAACAGUUUAAUUUAAACUCAAGACACAUUAUCUUCACACAUAUCUUAGAUGCUUUUCACUGAUAGCCGCAACUCAAUCAGCUAGACAUAUUGCCACGCAGGCUGCCCAAAUUGCUGGAUUCCCAAAUAGGCCUACACACUUGUGAUUUGUUUUUUUAAAUUCGCAAGAGGCUGAAACCAGAGAUCUGUAUAUAAUGACGAGAUGCUAAUGUCUCCACCCUAACAAUUGGAGUCGUUGUCCCAAAGGCGGGAAGGCAGGCGACAAGCUUAUGUCUGCAUAUUAUGCCCAUACAUACGCAUUGGGCUUAUUCUGGACCGAUUUAGGCGAGAGUGAGCCCACUCGCUUCGGAGAAACUCUGUCACCGGAGAAAGAAUCCAAGUGAGCGAAACAGCGCCCCUCUGUCUUACUAUAUAUAGCCCAUGUAUCUGAUGCAGUCUGGCCAAAAAUAGUUUGACAUGUCAUACCCUUUUGGUCCAGACAGCAUCCGAUACAUUGUCUACACAUACUGAGACACAUGGUCGCUGUUUUGCUUGCUCGGAUGCUUUAUCUGAGAUUGAUUCGUCUUUCUGUCGGUGUGCGUCUCGGUCAAAUAAAUGAUAAAUAUUUCAAUAUUUUAUUUGGACAGGCAAGGAGGUACGGUAGGGCGUGCCGGACCCCGUAAGACCCGCCCAUAACGCUGGCCCUGCUCCUUGCGAUUACGACGACUACUUGGAGGAGUCGCCUGGCUCUCCCUCUCUAACAUGCUGACCAAACCGGCUCCGUGCGUCUGCGUGCACCAUCGUGCGCAUGAAGUGGCUUGGAUUUCCUGAGCACCUGUGGCUCACCAGCACCUGUGGCUCUCUCUCACUGCCAUGAAGGAGCCAGAGAGGUUGCUCAACACACCUAUCUCCAAGAAGGCUCUUCGGAGCUGCUGUGGUGGAGGCGAUGGAGCACUUUGGGAAAUCGGAGGAGUGGAGGAAGCAGCUGACCAAACAUCUGCUCUUGGCGACGUCAGCCUUACAGCAUCGACGGCCAUCUUGUCAUCCUCCUCAUCUCAGAGACCGGGGUCUACAGCCCGGUACCGAGCCAGGCGGCAGCUCCAACCAACACUCCUGCUGUCCCAGAUACCGCUGCGCCGCCAGUUGACCCAGACGCGACGCCGCGUUUGACACAAAGCGGGGGAGCAGAUGGGGGAACAGACUCUGACCAGUUUUACCUCCAUCAUCCCCCACGCUCCUGUUGGAGGAGCCCCUUUUCCACAAAGGAUCACCUUUUCCAUGACAAACAUAUGAUCUCUCAGGUUGCUCCUCUCUCUCACUCUCUGUCCAGAGGUGUAUUGGCCCUUUUCAGGCGUGUAAUGUCAGACAUUCAUAUCUCUGGCUCACGUGUCCAGUGCUCAUCAGAGAAGACGGCGCAUGUGACAAUGAGGGCUCCGACCCACUACCAGCCCCCUUUGGAGCAGGCAGCAGGGAUUAGCUUUGGCCCACGUACAGGGCCACAGCCUGAGCCUGCCUCUGCUAUCAGUUGAAGCCCUUACUGCCAUUACGCACGUAACCAUCGUAACGGCGCCACCAGAUUCCACAGAGCCUGACUGUGUUUCCUCUCCCUUUCACAAAGGGCCCGCCUUGGGCUGUGCCACCGUGUUACAACCGGUGGCCAGUGGCGGACAGGGCCAUAGAGGAAUUCAGACAAUUUUCUAAUAAACGCUCCCCAGCUGCGUGCAAUUACUGGCAAAGGAGGCGGUCACAGGGGUUCGCCCAGAAUAGAGAAACAGGGUUUUAAUCGCCCAAUUUCCUGGUUUCAAAAAAAGACAGGAGGGGUGAGGCCCAUCUUGGACCUGCGCACCCUGAACAAGAGUGUGGCCAAACAGCCCUUUCGCAAGCUCACGACAAAACAUCUGAUGGAAUGUAUCCACCCAAACGACUUUUGCACGAGUAUAGACCUGAAGGAUGCAUACUUUCAUGUGCCGGUGACACCGCGUCACAGGAAGUUUCUCAGUUUCGCCUUCCAGGCGAUACACGAGAGUGCCAUUCGGUUACUCUCUGGCCCCUCUGACCUUUUCCAAAUGUGUGGAAGCAGCUAUAGAGCCAUUGCGUCAUCAAGGAGUCAGGGUCCUGGCUUAUUUAGAUGACCUGUUGGUUCUUCCCAGUCAGUAAACCUGGCAAUCACACACACGAUGAGACUGGUGAUGCAUCUCACGCGUCUAGGUUUUGCAGUGAAUUGUGAAAAGAGCCCGCCAUGGCCAGCUCAGCAGAUUGUCUACUUGGGGCUCCAGCUAGGGAAAGGGGAUACCUAGUCAGUUGCACAACUGAAUGCAUUCAACCGAAAUGUGUCUUCCGCAUUUAACCCAACCCCUCUGAAUAAGAGUAAACGUCAACAUCACAGUAAUGUUGGCACGAAUCUCAGGCCCUCCUCUCAGCUCUCAUACCGGUUCCAUCCAAGGCGCACGGUAACGACACUUUCAGUGUCAUACUGUUGGGAAUCAUGUCGUCAGCCCACACUAGUCCCGUUGGGGUUGCUACACAUACACACGCUACAACGAUGGUUUGCCCGGCUGCGCUUAGACCCUGCGCGUCACCUCACUGGCUGUUAGUCAUUCCCAACAGCCUCAGAGCGGACCUGAACCAUUGGAGAGACCUGUGUAUACUCACACACAGAGUCCUGAUGGGGAGAGUCUCCUCUCACUUUCCAGUCUAUACAGACUGGAUGGGGGGGAUGUGCCAGACUCGAGCAGUGGAGACCACCACAUCAAUCUCCUAGAGCUAAAGACGGUGCUGUUAGUUCUACAACAUUUCGCUCAUAUGCUUCAGGGCCGCGAUGUGUUGGUCUGGUCAGACAACCGAACAACAGUGUCAUACAUCAAUCGCCAAGGAGGGGUCAGGUCUCUUACGCUCCACCAGCUGGCAGAGAGACUAUGGUUGUGGGCGCAUGGGUGCCUUCUCAUUGACAGCCCGUCAUAUCCCGGGGGGUCUCAACAUUUUACAUUUUAGUCAUUUAGCAGACGCUCUUAUCCAGAGCGACUUACAGUUAGUGAGUGCAUACAUUUUUCAUACUGGCCCCCCGUGGGAAUCGAACCCACAACCCUGCCGUUGCAAGCGCCAUGCUCUACCAACUGAGCUACAGGAGGCCUCAACGAAGGAGGAGACCUCAUGUCUCGAGGGAGACAAUGAGUGGCAUUUACACCCCGACAUCAUUCUGCUUAUAUGGGAAUGAUUCGGGAGAGCCGACGUAAACCUGUUCGAGUCGCAAGCCAAUGCGCAAUUGCCAAUGCGUUUUAAAGUGUAACACCCUACGAAUCACUGAGGCUAUCACCUAUCUAUCACAUAGCCAAAGACAUAAUUCCUAUUUACACUGUCAGCAAAAAUGGCUUCAAGAAGAUGAUAAACAAACUGAAGAUGAUUAACAAGCUGGACCCUCCCAAAACUGUAUAACAAAAUUAAGGGAGAAGUUGAAACAGAGCUCACACGUGUUGAUUAUUACGCAACUACAACAGACCUUUGGUCUAGUAGAACAACCAAGCCCUACAUUUGAUGAGUAGUUUCAACUGAAAGGUCAGCGCUUGCAAACAUCAUAGGCUAUUUCCUCGGAGAUCAGACGGGAGAAAAAAUCACUCUGGGGUUGAGAGAAGCUUUAGCCUGGGGGCCUGAAUGAGGGGUUGUCACUAGUUACCACAGCCACAAAGUCAUAAACCCCACCUAUUUCUUAAAUGUAUCUUUUUAAAAUGUGAUUUUAAACCUAAUCCUAAGCUUAACUCCUAACUUUAUGCCUAACCCUGACUUUAAAUUAAGACCAAAAAGCAAAUGUUUGUUUUCAUGAAUUUCUACGAUAAGGCAAUUUUGACUUUGUGACUGUGGUAACUAGUGCAAACCCUGAAUGAGGAGCAGCAAGUGUGCAUAACGAUAACGGCACAAAUGUGGUAAAGGCCAUCGCAUUGAAUGACUGGACCAAAUGUGGUAAAGGCCAUCGCAUUGAAUGACUGGACCAAAUGUUGUAAAGGCCAUCGCAUUGAAUGACUGGACCAAAUGUGGUAAACGCCAUCGCAUUGAAUGACUUGACCAAAUGUGGUAAAGGCCAUCGCAUUGAAUGACUGGACCAAACGUGGUAAAGGCCAUCGCAUUGAAUGACUGGACCAAACUCCAAUGUUUUGGAAACGGUAGGCUACAUGUCAUGUUUUUAAGGCACUUUCACUGCAGCCCAUGGCUGCCUGAAUACAUAAUUAACUUAGGUUAUUUAACAACUCAUACUGGUAAAAUAGGAAAUGGGAUCUCAAAAUAUUAUUAAUGAAUUAGUGUUGCGCUUAUAGUGCGCUAUAUUUUGAUGAUCAUGUUAAAAAUGAAUGUUUGUUAAUAUGUAGGUGUAAUAAUCCUAUCAAUUAUCAUAUGUAUAACAAUGUUGAAAAAUAUUUGUUUCAUUUGGUUUUGUAUCCAGUUAGCACAUGUAUUAAUUCAUACGAUCUCAUUUUAGAAGUGAUGUUCUCUACCCUGACAGUUGGUUUAACCAUGUCUGAUGGAAUUACCAAGUUUUACCCGAAGUGUUUGAAAAUCGCAAUUCAUAAUCGCAAUUGCAAUAUCUGGCGCAAAAAAUUGCAAUGACAUAUUUUGUACCAAUCGUGCACCCCUAGUGUGUGUGUGUGUGUCUGUCUGUCUGUCUGUCUGUGUGAAUUAUGUUUACAGGCCCAAGUUACUGUUAAGCACAAUUGUAAGAAGCUCUGUAUGAAUAAUGUUCAUUAAUUGAUAGAUGGACUGAUUGAUUGUUUUAUUGGUUGAUUGAUUACUUCCACCCUACAGGGAGGUGCGUGGUCGUAUUCAGGCAGUGAUAGCGGAGACAUUUGACCUGGACCCGUCUCUUCUAUACCUCACCAAGCCCACCUUCUUCUCACGCAUCAACAGCACACUGGCCAAGACACAGCACGAC